AUGUCUCUUGCAAAGUUCCUCCUCUUCUCAUUAGGGGCAUCAGCGUCAUUCAUUAGACCAUCGAAUUAUGGGAGAUCCGAAGUUGUGAAUACGGAUGUUGUCAUCAUAGGCGGUGGUGCCUCUGGAGCUUAUGGAGCAGUGCGAGUCCAAGAUAUGGGCAAGAAGUUUCUUUUGAUCGAGAAAGAGGACCGCUUGGGUGGGCAUACUUCAACAUGGCGUGAUCCUGUUACCGGGAACCCCUUCGACUAUGGAGUUGAAGUGUUCAUGAACAUGACUAUAUCUCGAGACUUCUUCGCUAGGUUUAACGUUGCUACUCAGGCCCCUGUUUUUGGAGCAUCACAAACUCUUUACGCUGAUUUCCGGGAUGGUCAAGUGGUCAAUUAUACCGCACCCAGUCAAGAAGAGAUGAAUGCUGCCCUUCGCAGGCUUGCAGUUGAAUGGAACAAAUACGAAAGCAUGAUCUUGCCCACGAGUUCAGGUUUUCCCGCUGGGAACCAGAUUCCCGAAGAUCUCUUGCUGCCUUGGGCUGAGUUCGCCCGCAAGUACGACGUCGAGGCCGCAACUUCCAGAAUUUGGGGCGCUGUUGUCAUCGAUCCGAGAACAUCACGUAUGAUUGACAUGUGGAAGGGAAUGGAUCCCAGUGUGCUUCGAGGCACGAUGCAACCAGUCUCGAGUAACAAUUCUGAAAUUUUCGGCAAGAUGACUGAGUACUUGGGCCAGAAUGUCUGGUUUGAAAGUCAAGUGGUAUCUAGCAAAAGGUCGGCAAAGGGGGUUCAGCUCCAAGUCAGGCGCAAGGACGGAAGCAUGACCACGAUCAAUGCCAAACGACUUUUGAUUUCGGCAGGACCAGAGACUUUGACACGAGAAGUUUUCGACUUGGACGCAACAGAGGAGAAGCUUCUCCAUUCACACACCGGCGAUCGUUACUUUGUUGGAAUCGUCGCUCACCCAUCCUUGCCAGCAUAUGCCGUUUUCAACUCACUUCCGGAAGCUGCACCCGCAAACCACGGAAUUACUCCUGUCAUCCCGUUUCUGCAAAGUUUCAAUUUCAUAGGUAACUCAUCGUCCGGACCCUUGUACCGCGUUGUCGUUGCUACACCGAUGAGCAUGAACAUGGAUGGCGCAAAAGACGUUGUGCGGACGUCUUUGCAAAAAAUGAUGGACGCUGGAACACUUCCUACAGGCGAUAUCAACCGACUCGAUUUCAAGUCAUUCGAUGACCACGGCAUGUUGUACCGGCGAUGGACUGUCGACCAAAUGCGUGGUGAUAUCAUUCGCCAGGUAAACGCUCUGCAAGGCCUUCGAUCGACCUGGUACACUGGCGCUGCCUGGGCCGCGCACAAUGCCGCCAUGCUUUGGAACACAACAGAGACCAUUCUCCCUAGGGUGUUGCAAGGUAUUUAA